CCCCCCAUUCAAGAAGCCGCUCCGCUAUCCCGGGCAGCACAGGGCGCCCGGCGCGCCUCGGAGCGCACGUUCCGCGCCUUCUCCUGCCGGCUCCCUGGACAUUAUGCGGCCGAGCAGCCGAGCCCCAGCCCUCCUCCUCCUCCUCCUCCGGUUCCUCCUGCGGCCCGAGCGGCUCAGCUCUCGGCAGGCGGCGGCGUUGCUCAGCCGAGCGCAGACGGGACCCUCGCGGCGAGACCUCAGCGACUCCUAAAGUCAAAAGUUGGCGGCGGGCGCCAGGCUCCGCGCGCUCACCGCGGCCGCUGCCUCGCGUCGCCGCCGCAGCCAAGCCGGGCAGGAGGGAGGGGGGUGGGAGCCACGGGGGAGGGGGGGGGAGCACCAUGCAGUUUGUAUCCUGGGCCACACUGCUAACGUUCCUGGUGCGGGACCUGGCCGAGAUGGGGAGCCCAGACGCCGCGGCCGCCGUGCGCAAGGACAGGCUGCAUCCGAGGCAAGUGAAAUUAUUAGAGACCCUGAGAGAAUACGAAAUCGCGUCUCCCAUCCGAGUGAACGCUCUCGGAGAACCCUUUUCCACGAACGUGCACUUCAAAAGAAGGCGACGGAGCAUUAAGGCUGCCUCCGACCCCUGGCCUGCCUUCGCUUCCUCCUCUACCUCUUCCCAGGAGCAUUACCGCCUCUCUGCCUUCGGCCAGCAAUUUCUAUUUAAUCUCACUGCCCAUGCUGGAUUUAUCGCUCCAACGUUCACUGUCACCCUCUUUGGGACGCCCGGGGAGAAUGAGACAAAGUUUUAUUCCGAGGAGGAAACGGAGCUCAAGCAUUGCUUUUACAAAGGCCAUGUCAAUACCAAGUCCGAGCACACGGCGGUCAUCAACCUCUGCUCAGGAAUGCUGGGCACUUUCCGGUCCCAUGAUGGGGAUUAUUUUAUUGAACCACUACUGUCCAUGGACGAGCAAGAAGAUGAAGAUGAACAGAACAAACCGCACAUCGUCUAUCGGCACAGCACCCUGCACAGAGAGCCCUCAACGGGAAGGCGUGCAUGUGACACCCCAGAACACAAAAAUAGUCACAACAAAGACAAGAGGAAAAUAACAAGAAGACUGGGAGACAGACCUAGCCUGGCUGAAGAUGUGGCUGUAUUAAAAGCCAGCCUAGCAACAAAGGCCCUUUCUGCCUAUAGUAACAAGACGGACAGCAUCAGGGAAAAGAGGACACACAGAAGAACAAAACGUUUUUUAUCCUAUCCACGGUUUGUAGAAGUGAUGGUGGUGGCGGACUACAAAAUGGUUUUAUACCACGGACCAAACCUUCAACACUAUAUUUUAACUCUAAUGUCAAUUGUAGCCUCUAUCUAUAAAGACCCAAGUAUUGGAAAUUUAAUUAAUAUUGUUAUUGUGAACUUAGUUGUGAUUCAUAAUGAACAGGAAGGACCUUCCAUUUCUUUUAAUGCCCAGGCAACUUUAAAAAAUUUUUGCCAAUGGCAACACUCGAAGAAUUCUCAAGGUGGAAUCCAUCAUGAUACUGCUGUUCUUGUAACCAGACAGGAUAUCUGCAGAGCUCAUGACAAGUGUGAUACUUUAGGUCUUGCUGAGCUGGGCACCAUCUGUGAUCCCUACAGAAGCUGUUCUAUUAGUGAAGACAGUGGAUUGAGUACGGCUUUCACAAUAGCCCAUGAGCUGGGCCAUGUGUUUAACAUGCCUCAUGAUGACAACAACAAGUGCAAGGAGGAAGGCGUCAAGAGCCCCCAGCAUGUCAUGGCUCCGACGCUGAACUUCUACACCAACCCCUGGUUGUGGUCAAAAUGUAGUCGAAAAUAUAUCACUGAGUUUUUAGACACCGGUUACGGCGAGUGUUUGCUUAAUGAACCUGAAUCCAGAUCCUACCCUUUGCCUCCCCAACUCCCAGGCCUCCUGUACGACGUGAAUAAACAAUGUGAAUUGAUUUUUGGACCAGGUUCUCAGGUGUGCCCAUACAUGAUGCAGUGUAGACGACUCUGGUGCAAUAAUGUGGAUGGAGUAUGCCGGACUCAGCACACACCCUGGGCAGACGGGACCGAGUGUGAGCCCGGAAAGCACUGCAAGUUUGGAUUUUGUGUCCCCAAAGAAAUGGAGGCCCCGGUGACGGAUGGAUCCUGGGGAAGUUGGAGUCCCUUUGGAACCUGCUCAAGAACGUGUGGAGGGGGCAUCAAAACAGCUAUUCGGGAGUGCAACAGACCAGAGCCGAAAAACGGUGGCAAGUACUGUGUAGGGCGUAGAAUGAAGUUCAAGUCGUGUAACACAGAGCCGUGUCUCAAGCAGAAGCGGGACUUCCGAGAGGAGCAGUGUGCUCAGUUUGACGGCAAACAUUUUAACAUCAACGGUCUGCUUCCCAGCGUGCGCUGGGUCCCCAAGUACAGUGGAAUUCUGAUGAAGGACCGUUGCAAGCUGUUCUGCCGGGUGGCCGGGAGCACAGCCUAUUAUCAGCUGCGGGACAGGGUGGUGGACGGGACCCCGUGUGGCCAGGACACCAGCGAUAUCUGUGUCCAGGGCCUCUGCCGGCAAGCUGGAUGUGAUCACAUUUUAAAUUCCAAAGCCCGGAGAGAUAAAUGUGGAGUUUGUGGUGGCGAUAAUUCUUCAUGCAAAACAGUGGCAGGAACAUUUAAUACAGUACAUUAUGGUUACAAUACUGUGGUCCGAAUCCCAGCAGGUGCUACCAAUAUUGAUGUGAGGCAGCAUAGCUUCUCAGGGAAAUCUGAGGACGAUAACUACUUAGCUUUAUCAAGCAGUAAAGGUGAAUUCUUGCUCAAUGGAGACUUUGUUGUCACAAUGUCCAAAAGGGAAAUCCGCAUCGGGAACGCCGUGAUAGAGUACAGCGGGUCUGACAAUGUAGUGGAAAGGAUUAACUCCACAGACCGCAUUGAACAAGAACUUUUACUUCAGGUAUUAUCGGUGGGAAAGUUAUACAACCCAGACGUGCGCUAUUCUUUCAAUAUUCCUAUUGAAGACAAACCCCAGCAGUUUUACUGGAACAGUCAUGGGCCCUGGCAAGCGUGCAGCAAACCCUGCCAAGGGGAGAGGAAGCGAAAACCUGUUUGCACCCGGGAAUCUGAUCAGCUUACGGUUUCUGAUCAAAGAUGUGACCGGCUGCCCCAGCCAGCGCCCAUUACCGAACCUUGCGGCACCGACUGCGACCUGAGGUGGCACAUUGCCAGCCGGAGUGAAUGUAGUGCCCAGUGUGGCUUGGGGUACCGCACAUUAGACAUCUACUGUGCCAAAUACAGCAGGCUGGAUGGGAAGACCGAGAAGGUUGAUGACAGUUUUUGCAGUGGUCACCCGAAACCAAGCAACCAGGAAAAAUGCUCAGGAGAAUGUAACAUGGGUGGCUGGCGUUAUUCUGCAUGGACUGAAUGUUCGAAAAGCUGCGAUGGUGGAAGCCAGAGGAGAAGGGCUAUUUGUGUCAACACCCGCAAUGAUGUCCUGGAUGACAGCAAAUGCUCACAUCAAGAGAAAGUCACUGUUCAGAGAUGCAGUGAGUUCCCUUGUCCACAGUGGGAAACGGCAGACUGGUCAGAGUGCCUGGUCACCUGCGGAAAAGGGCAUAAGCAUCGCCAGGUGUGGUGUCAGUUUGGUGAAGAUCGAUUGAGUGAUCGACUCUGCGACCCCGAGACCAAGCCGGCCUCCAUGCAGACGUGUCAGCAGCCAGAAUGUGCGUCCUGGCAGGCGGGUCCCUGGGGACAGUGCAGUGUCACUUGUGGACAGGGAUACCAGCUAAGAGCAGUGAAAUGCAUCAUUGGGACUUACAUGUCUGUGGUAGAUGACAAUGACUGCAAUGCAGCAACUAGACCUACUGAUACCCAGGACUGCGAAUUACCAUCUUGUCACCCUCCCCCUGCUGUCCCGGAAACAAGGAGGAGUACACACAGUGCACCAAGAACCCAGUGGCGAUUUGGGUCUUGGACACCAUGCUCAGCCACUUGUGGAAAAGGUACUCGGAUGAGAUACGUCAGCUGCCGGGAUGAGGACGGCUCUGUGGCUGACGAGAGCGCCUGUGUGACCCUGCCCAGACCGGUGGCAAAGGAAGAAUGUUCUGUGACCCCCUGUGGACGGUGGAAAGCUUUGGACUGGAGCCCUUGCUCUGUGACAUGUGGGCAAGGCAGGGCCACCCGGCAAGUGGUAUGUGUCAACUACAGUGACCACGUGAUUGAUCAGAGUGAGUGUGACCCAGAUUACAUCCCAGAAACCGACCAGGACUGUUCCACAUCGCCGUGCCCUCAGCGGACCCCAGACGGUGGUCUUGCUCAACACCCCUUCCACCAUGAGGAUUCCCGCCCCCGGAGCGCCGGGCCCAGCCGCACCCAUGUGCUCGGGGGAAACCAGUGGAGGACUGGCCCCUGGGGAGCAUGUUCCAGUACCUGUGCUGGUGGAUCCCAGCGGCGUGUGGUUGUGUGUCAGGAUGAAAACGGAUACACUGCAAAUGACUGCGUGGAGAGGAUAAAACCUGAUGAGCAGAGAGCCUGUGAAUCUGGCCCUUGUCCUCAGUGGGCUUAUGGCAACUGGGGAGAGUGCACUAAGCUAUGUGGCGGAGGCUUACGGACAAGACUGGUGGUCUGUCAGCGGCCCAGCGGUGAACGGUUUCCAGAUCUGAGCUGUGAAAUCCAUGAUAAGCCUCCAGAUCGUGAGCAGUGUAACACACACGUGUGUCCUCAAGACGCUGCGUGGAAUACCGGCCCUUGGAGUUCGUGUUCUGUCUCUUGUGGUCGAGGGCAUAAGCAACGAAAUGUUUACUGCAUGGCAAAGGAUGGAAGCCAUUUAGAAAGUGAUUACUGUAAACACCUUGCUAAGCCAAAUGGGCUCAGAAAGUGCAGAGGAGGACGAUGCCCCAAAUGGAAGGCUGGCGUCUGGAGUCAGUGCUCCGUAUCCUGCGGCCAAGGCACACGGCGGAGAAGUGUAGGCUGUCAGAUGGGAGCACACAAAAUAGCCAGAGAGUCCGACUGCAACCCGUACACCAGACCGGAGUCGGAGCGCGUCUGCCAAGCCCCGCCGUGUCCUCGCUAUGCUUGGAGGGCAGAGGAAUGGCAAGAAUGCACCAAGACAUGCGGCGAAGGCUCCAGGUACCGCAAGGUGCUGUGCGUGGAUGCGGACAAAGGCAGUGAGGUUCACGGCAUGCACUGUGACAUGAGCAAGCGGCCGGCGGACCGCGAGAGCUGUACUUUGCAGCCCUGCGAGUAUGUCUGGAUCACAGGAGAAUGGUCAGAGUGCUCAGUGACCUGUGGAAAGGGCUACAAACAAAGGCUCGUCUCCUGUAGCGAGAUUUACACCGGGAAGGAGAAUUACGAGUACAGCUACCAGAGCACCAUCAACUGCCCGGGCACUCAGCCUCCCAGCGUCCACCCCUGCUACCUGAGGGAGUGCCCCGUCUCUGCCACCUGGAGAGUCGGCAACUGGGGGAGCUGCUCGGUGUCGUGUGGCGUGGGAGUGACUCACCGGUCUGUGCAGUGUUUAACCAACGAGGACCAGCCCAGCCACUUGUGCCCUGCAGAUCUGAAGCCAGAAGAGAGGAAAACGUGUCACAAUAUCUAUCACUGUGAGUUACCCCAAAACUGCAAGGAGGUAAAGAGACUGGAAGGAACCAAUAAAGAUGGUGAAUAUUUCCUGCUCAUCAAGGGAAAGCUCCUGAAGAUCUUCUGUGCAGGGAUGCAGUCGGACCACCCCAAAGAGUACGUCACGCUGGUGCACACCGACUCAGAGAAUUUCUCCGAGGUGUACGGGCAUAGGUUGCACAACCCCACCGAGUGUCCGUACAACGGGAGCCGACGGGACGACUGCCAGUGUCGGAAGGACUACACAGCGGCUGGGUUUUCCAGCUUCCAGAAAAUCAGGAUAGACUUGACGACGAUGCAGAUCAUCACCACUGACUUACAGUUUGCCAGGACGAGCGAAGGGCACCCUGUCCCUUUUGCCACAGCUGGGGACUGCUACAGUGCUGCCAAGUGCCCGCAGGGUCGUUUUAGCAUCAACCUUUACGGAACCGGCCUGUCUUUAACCGAAUCAGCCAGAUGGAUAUCACAAGGGAAUUACGCUGUCUCCGACAUUAAGAAGUCUCCGGAUGGAACCCGAGUCAUAGGAAAAUGUGGUGGUUACUGUGGAAAAUGUACCCCAUCCUCUGGCACCGGCCUGGAGGUCCAAAUAUUAUAGUUAAGGUGCUCUGAAGAGGAAGUCAUUAUGGGAUGGAUGAAGGAUAGUAAUGCAAUACCUCCACCUGAAAUUGGUGUGCGUGCGUGUGUGUGUGUGAGGACUUGUAUGAGUGGGUGUGUGUGUACAUAUGCAUAUAUAUACAUAGACACACACACACAUAUACACGUAUAUGUGUGUGUGUGUGUAUGUGGAAUAUCCUAAUGAUGUAAAGUUUAAUAUUUAUGUUUGAAAUUAUUUAUUGUGAUGUAAUAUUUUUGUACGUAAAAUGAUUCUAUUACGACUGCCUUUUGCAUAAUUUGUCCCUUGCAGUCAGAUCACUGCAUUUUACGUACUCUACAUUAUAUGUAGUACUAUGACAGAAGUGAUCCUUCAUUAUCACGGUACAUUAUUGUUUACUUUCUAUCUGUAAAUAUUCUGCUGUUACUUUUAAAAUUGUACUUCGUUUUUGUUUUUUAAAACAACCUAGCUGCCAUCAAGGUGCUACAAGGGUCAUAUGAGUGUAUUUUGGCAUUCCUAGGAAAGUAUCCGCCAAUUAGUAAUGUAGUAAUGUCACAGAUCAUUGCAGCUAUUAGUGAUGUUAAUUGUCUAUUCAGUUUCAUGUGAUCUCUGGGAAAAAAAAAAUUGCUGCCUUGGUGCUAUAUAUUGUAUAUACUUAAGUGAUAUCAGACUCAGAAAUGUAAACAUUUUUAAUAAAAGGGAGGAAUGGAAGGACAGUUUACAAUGGACAGAAUCACUUGGAAAAGUAAGACCAGCUUGUUUAUCCUUAUGUUUGGCCAUGCCUGUUUUGGAAGAGAGGUAGACUCUGUUCUUUAUUUUGUUAUCGUUAUUAAUACUUUGCUUCAGUUCUUGGCGCCUUGAUCUCUCCGAAGUUAAAUGGAGGCUACUCCAAAGCAGCUUCAUUAUAGAAUGAUACUAAGAAAGUGGGACUCUCUCAAUAUUUUGCCAAGAUGUUCUAAAGUGAUGUCCAUGUUUACUGGUUGCAAGACAGAGGGUGCUCAGGAUGGGAUGACCUUCAGGACCCCCAGCACACCUGGAGAAGUUCAGGACCAGUUUUUAGUCAUCACAAUUGUCUUGUCACCAGCAUGUCACAGGAUAAACACAUUGGCUGGUGACAUGACUUCUCUUCAGAACGUGAGCCUAGGACCCCGCCAGUGUCCAUGGCUGCUACCGCAAUCAGCAUUUGUGAGAAGACAUAAACUGUGGAGUACGAGACACCUGAAUCUUUCUGAUUGUCCAUUAACCAACUGCUUGUAACUUAUUUCCAAAAUGGAAGUUGAAGUCAUCUUUCUGACCUUCUGACCUGAUUGAAGGGAAGCCAUUGCCAGUGGCCCACGCCAGGUGCUCGGUUUGAGAAAUCCAGCCCACCUCCACAAUUCAAAGAGAUUGGGAAAAAAAACCUGGCAGUAACCUCCAACCCCAAACAAACUCCAGAGUGCUCCAGAAGAGGCUAUACUCAGUGUAUGAAUGUGUUAUUCUCGUUUAUUAAUACAUUGUGAAAAUAUACUAUGAAUAAAUACCAUGAGCACAUCCAAA